AUGGAAGAUCCAAACGCAGAUACAGAAUGGAACGAUAUUCUUCGAGCUCGUGGUAUCCUUCCUCCAAAAGAAGGUCCCACAGAAGAAGAAAUAUUUGAAGAAAUGGAUAAAAAUAUUCGUGAAAAACAAGAAAAGCAUUUAGAAGAUAAAACAUUAGAUGAACUAGAUGAGUUAGAGGAUGAAGAAGAUGAUCGAAUAUUAGAAGAGUACCGACAGAAAAGAAUGGCUGAGAUAAAAGCCGAAGCGUCACGAGAAAAAUAUGGACAAUUAAUUCAAAUAUCAAAGCCUGAUUUUAUAAAAGAAGUAACAGAAGCAAGUCAAGAAGUCUGGGUGAUUGUGCAUUUAUUCAAAGAUCCGAUCCCAGAAUGUAAAUUAAUGAACGCACAUUUAUCAACACUCGCAGAAAAAUAUAAAGCAACAAAAUUUGUAAAAAUAGUUGGAGAUCACUGUAUACCAAACUACCCAGAUAAAAAUUUACCCACUCUGUUAAUUUAUGGUAAUAGUGAUCUUCAACAACAGCUUGUAGGCCUAUCUCAAUUAGGCGGAAUGAAUAUGACACUUCAAGUUCUUGAAAAUUAUCUAAUUUCUGUUGGUGCUAUUGAGGGAUCUAAUAAAAAGACUGUGGACAAAGAUUCUUCUACACAAAAAAUAAUUAAAAAUCCUGCAAUUGCUGCCUUAAGUGAUGAUGAUGAAAUUUCAGAUGAAGAUUAA